UUAUUUUUAGUCAUAGUCUGUCGUCAGCUGUGGAACUAGCUCCCAUUUUAGAGCUGUGAUUUAAGUAGAAGACAUUUUUCGAUUAAAUAGAAAUGGAGGUAAUGGGACAGUAAACUACAAACCGUUUAUGGAUCAGGGGGUGUCAAGGGUCUCAAAAUUGUGCCCAUCUCAUUCUCAGGUAUUGUGGUGCAUCAGCAGGGUGGGUGGGGAAAAUGUUUCCCAGUGGUUUGAAUGGUGAACACGUUCUGCAGGCACUUGGGAUAGCACUUCGAAAAGAAGAGGAGCAAUGGAAACCUGUGUUUCCUCGAACAGGCUGUGGCGAGGAAGUAAGUGAUAUGGAGCGAGACAAGACUGCGCGCUGGCUGGUUCAGCUGAGUCAGGCCUUUGAUUUUGCACCUGAAACUUAUGUACUGGCUGUUGCCCUGACAGAUAGAGUUGCUCAGCAUGUUAAGAUUCGUCCCAAGUACCUGCAGUGUGUGGCCAUCAGCUGCUUGUAUAUAGCAGCCAAAACACUGGAGGACGAUGAGGCUAUACCCAUCACACUGGAUCUUGUGCAAAAAAGUCAAUGUGGAUGCUCAGUAUCUGAAGUACUUCGCAUGGAACUGGUCAUUCUUAACACACUCAAGUGGAAUGUGAAGAUUGUCACCGCAAUUGACUUCUUGCAUUUGAUCCACACAGUAUUGAUGUGGCGCUUCCCCCACCUACUCUCUGGACUGGAGAAUAUGAGCCCCUCAAGACAUCUGGCUCUGCUGACUCGAAAACUCAUGACCUGCUUGGGACAUGCAACUCUGGCUUGUGAGCGACCAUCAAUCGUGGCACUUUCUCUCAUAAGUUUGGAGUUGGAACAAAUCUGCCAGCACUGGUUCUCUCUCUUUAUAAUGGUGCAGACUGUCACUAAGCUGCAGGUAGAAAACAACCAGUUCAUUUCCUGCAGGGAGAGAAUGGCAUGGGUCUUAAGUCAACAUGGCCAGCUUGUGUCAGGCUAUCAGUUGAAAUCCAUCACUACCAUGAAAUCCAAGAAGCGCAAAGUUGAUUACUCUGAAUCAGACAACAUAUAUGAUGGCAUCAAGCGCCUGUAUGAAGAUAAUGGAAGUUCAGCUGAAAAAUGCUCUUUGACCAAGAGAGGCUCAUGUGCUUCAGAAAUGCACCAAGAAAUGGAUGAAGUUCACCCAUUUAUCCAUACUGUUGCUGCGGUUUAAAUGCUCCAAGUUUUUCCUUCCUCUUUCACCGAUAGUACAAGCACAAAAUGGCUAUGAUUCUGACCUCUAGAUUUGGUCUUGCCAAUGUUCUGUUUUGUUACAUCUACGAGAUUAUGAGGUCUGUUGAACAACCAUUUUGCGAUAAACAUUUGUAUUCUUCAUGUUACAUUGUAUUUUAUAUCAUUGUAAUCUCAUUAUUCAAUAGGGAGAAUGCAAUAUUAAAGCUGACAAAAUGUAAAAAAAAUUCAAUAUAUUUUUAAAAAAUAAAAAAAUGGUUUUUGUUUUUUUGCUGACUAUUAACCUAGAUUUUUUUCUUGUAAUUCAUUUUGUUCUAUGUAAUUCAGUUCUGAAGGUAUUAGCUGUGAUUUUUGCUUUUAUGUAAACUGUAUAUUUGCAUAAUACUGUAUAAAACUAAUAGAAAAAUAAGGCAGCAAACGUGUAAGGCAUUUUGUUUUCAAUGUAAAAAUGAGGGAUAUGAAUAAGCUGUGUAAUUAAGUGGGACUGCUCCUCUUUCCUUGUCAGUCUUUUUCUCUCUCCCUUUUCAUCACCACAGAAAGCUUGUUUGUGACAGAUUUCAGGUGACUGCACAGUAUUAUGAAUUGGUAUGUUCUGUUGGAUUACAAACUUUAGAAAACAUUCUCAUCCAGCAUUUGUAAAUUGACCACUCUUUGUUCACCACCUGCACAUUGUAUUUCUUACAUGGCCCAGCAGCAUCUGUAGUUAAACAGUGUAAAUAAUUUUCAAUACUGUACAUUCCACAUACUACAGAACUGAUGUCCACUGUAAUAUUACAGUGUUACGAGGUAGAAAGGUGCUACAAUGUACAUAGCGAUGGUUUUGUGUGUUUUUAAGGGAUUAUGGGCAUCAUUGAAGUGGACUGGUAUAACUGGUGUGGCUGUUGAAGGCAACGUUAAGUAACUGUUGGCUCUAUUUUUUUAGCUGAAUCCUGCAUCUUUAAAACUUUGGGCAGGUAUUAGUGCAGUGUUACGCCCUUUAACAUCAUUGCAUCUGUCAGGCAUACUUCCCUUGACACGGAAGAAUUUAAAGCUGUAUAUUACAGUCUAUCUUUUAACAUGUACAUCAUCUUGUAUGUUCAUGACUGUUUUUCUACUGCCAGAAUCUUUCACUGCUUUUUUCCUGUGAAGUCUUUCUUUUCCAAAGCCACAAUCUUGUGUCCCACUUAGUUGGAGGUAUCUUAGUUAAGGCUGCAGGAUUUGCUGUUUUGAAAAAAAAAAUCUGUUUCCAGAGGUAGUUGCAACAUUUUCAUGAUGGUGUAUCUGUGGAUGUUUGGUAAUUGCAUAUCAGAAUUUUAAUUAUUGUAUUUUAUUGUUCACUGUUUUGCACCUUGAAAACUGUCAAUAAGUACAAGGAUCUCUACUGACUGUUCCCCCACCACCACCACCACGUGAGACAAGCAGAAGCCCUUUUUAGGGUUGCAAUUACUUUUUGUCACAUCACUUGAGUCUUUGUUAAUAAUCUCUUGUAUUUUACUUCUCAAAGGUCAGAACGAUGUUUUAACACAAUCAUCCCAUCUUUUUCUUACCUAUUACAUCUCUGUGUCACAUAAAGUCUAAAGAUGCAGAUGUUUAGUCGUCUUUGGUUACCCUAGACCUAUGAAUACCAGAUUUUAGCCUCAUGUUAGUCAAUCUACUUAGCUCAGGUAGAUAAGCUGGGUUAAGUACUCUUAACAAAGUCUUUUUCCCUAGGGUAGUUCUAUUUCAGAGCUAUCUCUUUUCUGCAGCCCCAUUGUUGAGUUGGUGGUUUUUUUUUUUGUUUUUUUUUUCUUUUUUUUUAUUAUUAUUGAUUGUACAAGGUUACAUUCUGUCCUCUGUAUGUUAGAGAAAGUAUUUAUAUGCAUGAAUAUCAACUGUUUUUAUACACUGCAUUUAAUAUUUCCUUUUAUUACUCAUAACAAGCAAAGUAGUUGUAAACUGUGUCAUUACAGUUUUAAGCCUAAAUUGAGACUACUUUGCUUCUUCAAACAGCUGUAAACCAUAUGUACUUUGGUGGGGUUUUUUUGUUUGUUUCCUUUCAUAAGUUUUCUGAUUUCAAUCUAAUGAUCACUGUUAAUGACCUUUAUAAUCUCAUUACAAAUUUACAUGAUAAAGAAAAACUAAUAAGAGUCGAGAAAAUAUUAAAAAGUACAUUGGUAACUUCAGAUGUCUUUGCUCACAAUAAAUGCUGUAAUUGGGUCCAUUUAUCAUUUUCACCGACACUUCUUGUACAGUUAAUAUUAUUUAUUAUAAAACGUUACAUUUUCAUUCUUUCAAAGAUAGUUAAACAUCUGUCUUCGAUUUUUAAGUUUCUUGUGAUUUGUUUUCACCGUGUAAAUGGUCUAUAUGUUAAUCAUGUAAAUUAUUGACUGUUAGAUGAUCAGGAUUUUUAACCUGAGAGCUUACACUUGAUGUAAGAUUUUUUUCCCCCCCUGUUUCUUCACAAAAUGUACAUCAGAAAGAGUGUAUAUGAUUUGAAAGGAAAGAUAUAAAUAUCACUGAGUUUAGAACAUAGCAACCAUAUCUUUGGACACUCUUUUCAUAUUGAAAUAGCACGGCAAACAAAACAAAAAAAAAGGGGGGGAAACCUGCUUCAUGAGAUAUGUAUAAGCAAAGAAAAUGCAUGAUGUGUCCGUUGGAAGAAUACUGUGGAAUGUAUUUGCUGAAUAAAUUGCAGUACUGGCUUGGUUUACAUAUCCAUAGCUGUUUCAGAAUUUAUUCAGACUUGUAAAAUAAUUCAAAACAAUUCUGAACAAAUACUUUGUGUUUUAAAAGGAACACAAAUUUUUUUUUCGAAUAAUAUACCUCCAUGUUCUAUAGUCAACAUUACAGUGUCCAGCAUGUGCACUCAGUAAAAUUGAAGCAAAGAACUGAAUCAAAAGUAAUGCUGGUGAUACUCAGGCUAGCAUUUUUCUGGCAUCUUGUGUGGGGUUUGGUAACAAUUGGUUUCAUUGAUCUAGAAAUUCAUGUGUACUUUAGAGAGGAGAUUCUGAAACUUAACAGAUCACAAUGUGCAUGUAGAAAGUGACUUAAAUGUACUAUCGGUGAGAGAUGACCAGGAAAUAAACAGCAGUAACAAUC